AUGAUACCUAACUAUGCGGAUGACACAACCAUUGUUAACUGGGGAACCAAUGAGAAUGAUUUGGCCCAAAAUUGUUCUGAUGUCUUAUUUGGAUUGAAGAACUACUUCCAAAACAAUCACUUAAGCUUAAACAUCAAUAAAACAAGUCUAAUGGUAUUUCAAGUAUACCACAAACAAGAUGAAAUGCAAUGGAGUGUUGUGUCUGAUGAUUGUUCAGAAAUAAAAUUGAAAGAUAAAACUUCCUUCCUUGGCAUAAUGUUAGAUCAGCAUCUCUCUUGGGAGCAUCAUAUCGAUUUCUUAUGCCAUAAACUUAGCAAAUCAAUUUAUGCAAUGUGGACAAUGUCACAAUUUCUUAAAUAUGAGCAAAUGAGUAUAAUCUACUAUGCUUUAGUGUAUCCAUACCUCACAUAUGAAAUUGAAGUAUGGGAAUUUGCUGCUGCCAAGCAUGUAAACACGGUAUUCACCCUUCAAAAAAAGGCAGUUAGGAUCAUGUGUAAGCUUAGAUAUAAGGGGUCUUGCAAGGCAAUUUUUAAAAUUAAGAAACUACUAACACUCCCAUCACUAUAUAUUUAUAAAACUGUUCAGGUGAUGCUAAAAUACAAGCAGUACAAUCAUCUAAAUAGAGAAGUGCACAUGUACAAUACUAGGAGGGACGAUGAUUAUCACCUGGAAAGAAAUAAUUCAAAAAGUGCAGACAAGAGUCCCUAUUACAUGGAGAUCAAAUUUUAUAACAAAUUGCCAAAAAAAUUAAAAAGCUUAAGUGGAAGCUGCUUUGAAGGAGUUCCUCAGCAAUAA